UUAUUCACAUUGUAUCUUUUUCCCCCUUGUCACGUUCUAAGAUCUCUCCACCACCACCAUCACCCUCACAACCACCACCUAUAAAAAUCCACCAUAUUUCUUUUCAAAAUCCACCAUAUUCUAUCUUUUAGGCAUUCAAAAAAUGGCAAUGAAAGAUCAAAACACCGGUCAAUACACACUCCCUUUAGUUUGUUUCUCGAUCAUACUUAUGGAUGUUAUAGCUGGAAUCCUCGGCAUUCAAGCCGAGGUAGCUCAAAACCAGGUGCAAAGUUUAAGGGUGUGGAUCGUUGAAUGUCGAGAUCCAAGUAACAAAGCUUUUAAGUUAGGUUUUGCAGCAGCGGUGCUUUUAGCAUUUGCUCAUGCCAUUGCCAACAUUCUUGGUGGCUGUCAUUGUGUUCGAUCUAGAGAAGAGCUAGACAAUGUCUCUUAUAACAAGCGGUUGGCUUUCGGAUCCCUCGUUUUCUUAUGGAUUACACUAGUCGCUGGAUUUAUAAUGUUAAUAGCAGGAGUUAUGGCGAAUUCAAGUUCAAGAAAAUCAUGUGGAAUUUCACACCAUCGUUAUCUAUCCAUUGGUGGCAUUGCGUGUAUCAUCCACGCCAUGUUUGCAGUGUGUUAUUACAUUUCUGCCACCACCGUUGAAAGAGAAGAAAAAAAGUUGAAUUCACCUGGGAUUAUGCAACACCCACCACAACAAACACAUGUUUAAUUUUUUAACUAUCGGCACCAUUUGUUACAAAUUGUCCUGUGUUUGUUGUGUUUUGUGUUUGUUCUGAUUGAGACUGGAC